AUGGCAAGCAAUUUGGAUGCAAAGUUUGAUUCUCCUGUCAAGAAGAAGAAGAAUAAAGCCUCCGGUUCCAGCCUCAAAGUUGGACUAACACCAUCUGAGAUAUCACCCUCUAUUGAUGGCUACUUAACUACAACCAAGGUCCAGGAAAUGAUUCAACAGGCAGUAUCUAGUCAUGGUAACACUGCUGCUACUGCCUCCGCCUUCCAACUACUUCAAAUGUCUACGGAGAUUGUUGAGUUAGAACAAGGAUUGGGUUUAGUGAACACAGGGACUGCCAAGGUGCUCGCCAUUCUCGAGGGCGACCAAUCCGUGUCGUUGAGUUCCGAGCAGUACAUGAAUCUCUUCACGGUUGCCUUUAAUAUGUGUACUCAGAACGGACCGAACAAUUAUGCCGAAGAACUCUACAAUAACUACAGGAGAGUUGUUGAAGAAUAUCUCAUGGAUAGGGUAUUUCCGUCAUUAAAUGAGAAGCAUGAUGUGCAUCUACUGAAAGAGCUUUCCGAAAGGUGGUCAAAACACCUUGUAAUGCUCAGAUGGCUGUCGCGCUUCUUCGGUUAUCUUGACCGUUUCUUUGUCCCUCGAAAAUAUCUUCCUUCUUUGCAAGAGCUUGGUGUGACAUGCUUCCGUGAAUUGGUAUACUUUCAGAUAUGUGGUAGAGUCAAAGAUCAUAUUCUCGAAGUGAUUUCUCAAGAGCGUGAAGGGGAGAAGGUUGAUCGUGCUUUACUGAACAACAUUAUGCAAAUUUUUGUAGCCAUUGGGCAUGGCCAGAUGUUAUUUUAUGAGAAUGAUUUGGAGGCAGCAGUGCUUAAUAGUACAGCUAAUUACUAUCGCAAUAUCGCCAGAAAUCUUAUUACAGAGCACAGUUUCCCAGAAUAUAUGAUAAUGGCUGAGCAGUAUUUGAAGCUAGAGCAUGAUAGGGCUUCUAGUUACUUGCAUAAAGACACUAAACCAAAGCUGAUGGAGAUAGUACAAAAGGAGCUGCUGCUUUCACAAGAAAAUGAACUACUUGAGAAGGAACACUCUGGACUGCAUGUCUUGCUGCGAGAUGGCAAGGUUGAAGAUCUUAAAAGGAUGUAUGAGCUCUUUCAUUGCAUUGAUGGGGGUCUGGAUCCAAUUAUAUCAAUGUUUAAGCAGCAUAUUGUUUCUAAAGGGAAGUAUUUAGUCCAACAAUCUGAAGAUGCUGCUCACAAGGUGGAUAACCUCGACUCAGCUGGUCAAAGGGUUUUCAUGAAAAGGGUUAUUGAACUUUAUAAUGAGCAUCUAGGCUAUAUCACAACGUGUUUUAAUGGAAACAAUCAACUCUGCGAGGCACUUAGAGAACCAGUCGAAGUGUUCUGCAGCAAGAUGAUUGCUGGCGCAUCUGUUGCUGAGUUGCUGGCUGUCCAUGCUGAUGAUAUUCUUAAAAAGGGUGGUGAGAGUGAAAAAAUGAAUGAGGAAGCUGUUGAAGAGGCACUUGAUGAGAUCGUGCAGCUUCUUGUUUGCAUCCAUGACAAAGAUCUCUUUGCUGAAUUUUAUAGAAAGAAACUUGCUCGCAGAUUCUUUUGUGAUAGGAUCGCCAAUCAUGAACAUGAAAAUUAUAUCUUGUCAAAACUGAAGCACCAAUUUGGUUGCAAUUUCACUUCAAAUAUGGAGAGAAUGAUGACAGAUAUGACAUUGGCAACGGAGAACCAAGUUGAAUUUGCGAAGUAUUUGCAGAGCAACCCUCAGGAAAAUCUGUGCUUCGACUUGGUUGUCAAUGUACUGGCAACUGGGCUUUGGCCAAAUUAUAAGACAAUUGAUCUGCACCUUCCUGAAGAAAUGGCUAAUGCUGUUGAGGUUUACAAGAGGUACUACUCUUCAAGAACUAGCCGUCGGAAUCUUACUUGGAUGUUUUCUCUGGGAACUUGUACCAUGGUAGGCAGGUUUGACGCAAAACCAAUGGAUCUCAUAGUCGCACCACAUCAGGCAGUUCUCCUGAUGCUCUUCAACACCUCAGAAAGAUUAUGUUACACGGAAAUAACAGAACAACUGCAGUUGCCCGACGAGGAUGUGGUUAGACUACUGCACUCUCUAUCAUGUGCCAAACACAAAAUACUGCUCAAAGAACCAAACGAUAGAAGCAUCUCUAGAAAUGACAUCUUUGAGUUCAACUCCAGGUUCACCGACAGGAUGAGGCGGAUCAAGAUUCCUCUUCCUUCUGCUGAUGAGAAGAAAAGGAUACAAGAAGAUGUCGUCAAAGACCGACGAUUUGCUAUUGAUGCUGCACUUGUGAGAAUCAUGAAGAGUAGGAAGGUCAUGGGUUACCAGCAGCUUUUGGGGGAGUGCUUACAGCAACUCAGUCACGCAUUCAAGCCGGAUGUCAAGGUGGUUAAGAGACGGAUUGAAGAACUGAUCGGACGGGAGUACAUGCAAAGGGACAAGGAUGAUGCAAAUGUCUUUUAUUAUGUGGCUUAA